AUGAAAUCACCACAGUUUCAUGGAGGAUUGGAUCCACUAAAGGAUGAAACAUGGGUCCUCGGCAUAGUGAAACUAUUUGAGGUGUUUCGUUGUUUAGAAACACAGAAGAAAGUAUCGGAGUUCAUGGAACUUAAACAAAACAGUAUGACAGUAGUUGAGCAUGAGGCUAAAUUUACUGAAUUGGCCAGAUUUGCACCACAUGUGGUCGACACCGACUACAAGAAAGCGAGGCAUUUUGAAGGAGGGCUUCGAGAUGACAUCUUAGAGAAAUUGAAUGUACUUAAGCUGGAGACCUAUAUUGAGAUUCAGUAUCACCUCGGGAAAGCCAAUACGGUUGCUGAUGCCUUGAGCAGAAAAUUGAUAGGGAAUUCAGCCUGUUUACUUAUUGAACAUAAAGAAAUUUUGCUAGAUUUUGAGAAAACUGAGAUUGAAGUCGUGUUACACGAGCAAACUGGGUUAAUCGCUGCCAUUUCAGCUGAACCAACAAUAAUUACUGAAAUUAAGCAAAGGCAAAAAGAGGACAAGUUCCUCAAGAAAGUGAUUAAUGAAGUUGAGGUUAGAUGGUUUGAGGCCGUUGGUAAUCCCCUGGUUAUUGGCCGGGUUUGGGUCAUGACAGACGUGGUGGUGAAGUCUAAUUCCUAUGAGGAACACUUAGAAGACUUGAAGAAAUCCUUUAAGAAGAUGAAGGAAUUCAACCUGAAAAUGUAUCAUUUGAAAUGUGCCUUCGUUAUAACAGCAGGAAAUUUCUUGAGAUUUCUAGUUCAUCAGAGAGGAAUUGACAUUGACAAAAAUAAGACAAGAGCAAUCCAGAAAGCCAAGCCUCCUAAUUGCAAGAACAAACUAUUUUCCCAAGGAUGUCUACCUUGUCAAGUCUAUGGUCCUAUCCAGCAUGCUCCAACAACUUCCAUGAAUUCCAUAGCUAAACCAUGGCCAUUUAGAGAUCGUUCUUUUGACAUGAUUGGCAAGAUCUUUCCUCCUUCCUCUAAGGAUCAUUCCUUUAUAGUUGUGGCUAUGAAUUACUUUACAAAAUGGACUGAAGCCAUUCCUAUGAAAUCAGUAAAUCAGAGUGACAUCAUCAAGAUGAUCAAAGAAAGUAUUAUCCACAGAUUCAUCCUGCCUCAGCAUAUUGUGGCUAAUAGAGGAACUAUUUUCUUUGUUAAAGAAGUUUAG